AUGCCUGAGAAUUGUCCACCUCCCGCCUCCGCACCCUCCUCUCCCACCCGCUUCAGUGUCCUACCACGCGAUCAACCUCCUCCCCGUCCAUAUGAUGAUCAUCGGCCGGGCAUAGCACACGGACCGAAUAUUCCUUCGCCCCUUCUCGAGAAGAAACCUGCCUUCCAUCCGCCAUCGCAUCGUCGGGCCAACACCGAGCUCAUCUCCCGACCGCUACCACCGAGAGGCGGAACAGGAACAGGAACAGGAACCUUUGGCAGAGACACGGAUAACCAAGGCAGGCCCUUGGCCGAUAACCCUGCCAAGAAGAAGCUUGAAGAAGGGGCCAAGUUUCUGGCGGACUGGUUCCACGGCAAGUCCGAGCCUGUCAGCCUGGCUGUCAGUGGUAAUACCGCCAAACGCAACUCGCGCGAGCUGUUUGGGUUCCAAAAUAACUCGACCGCAUCGAUGACCCGGUCGCAGAAGCGCAUGACGCCCACCUCCCCACUCAAGCAGGUCACCUCGUCAACGAAUCGGUUCUCGUUUUUUGGCCUGCGGAAACAAGACGAUGGCCGCACAGAGCUCCCAGAGCCCGCCAACGAUGAGUUCCUCAACCUGGACAUUCCGACAGCCUUGUACCCGGCGAAUAUGGGCGAAAUGAGCAGCGAAGAUGCCUUGGAGGCCCUCUGCAGCAACGCUGAAGACCUCGUCCGACGACUGCAGGCAGCGUACAAGGCGAGGACCUUUGCAUUACACGAGGCUCUAGCGGAGAAGAACGAGAAGCAAGAAGAAAUCGAGGGAACCCGCACGCGCGUUGGCCACCUCAAGGUCCAGCUAGACGGGAUGGCUGCCAAGGUGCUCGAGCAAGAGAAGGCGAUGGCCACGUUGGCGGAGGAAUUAAAGCAGGAACAAGCGCUCCGCCAGACCGAGGAGGAGGCCCGCAAGCGCAGCAUCAUGCUCGUCACACCAUCGUACUCGGACGCCGGCUCAGAUCUAGGUGCAGAGCUCCAGACUCCUAAACGCAGCGUGAAACGCUCGAGCGCCGGCACCUUCACCAGCGACUCAGGCUUCGAAUCGGGAGACGAGAGCCUGGCAGGGAGCAGCAUCUUCUCCGGCCGCGAGGGGCUCGAAUCCCCCAUCUCAACCAUCACCUCCCUGUCGCCCAAUAUCUCACAAGUGGCUCUCUCGAGCCUGUCGACCCCCCCGGAGCCGAGGACCCAGAAAGAAGUCAAAGUCGUGACGGCAACAGUCGCCAUGCCAGCUGCUGCUGCUGCACCCCCUGUGCGACAAUCCACAUACGACAAAGUUAUCCGGGGACUCACCUCAUCCAAUUUUACCACUUCGCUGAUGGGCGGGGGCUCGUCGAGCAAGUGUAACAUCUGCCACGGUGUGCCGGCAUCAGAGGCCUGGAGCGUGAUGGGGGUUCUCAAGGAGGAAAACCGAGGGUUGAAAGAGCGGCUGGGUGAGCUGGAAAACAUAAUAGACGAUUGCCUUGGUUUGGUUGCAUAG